CAGUCAACGAGGUUCGAAAUGUUGUCCACGUGGUAUAUGGAUGGCCCCUUGAGAUCUCAAGAACUUGAAGAAUUUCAUACAUUAAUUUUAUUUAAAAGAAUUUAUUCCCCUAUUUUUAUAAGAAAGAAAACCUAUUCCCUCUGUUUUAUAGCAUUUUGGACUGUGACGUCUGAUUUCAAUUUUUAAUAAUAAGUAUACAGCAAAAAUGGUGAAUAUUAACAAAAGAUAUAUAUUACCAUAAAUCGGUUGUUGAUACUGAGUACAAAUUCGAUCGUUUUGAGUCAAUCGUUUAUAAGUAAACUUAUAAUAUUUACCAAACGAGUCAACUCAGUCAAGCUAUUGCAUUCAGUAUCGUGUUCUGAGCAUGGAAAGUGAUUUUGAGUUCGAAAUUGAUGUAAACGAAGUUGAAUCUUUCGAAGUUGUGGAUUAUUUUUACGAAUAUCAUGCCAACGUUAGAAUUGGAUCAUCGCUUUGUGCCCAGUACAUUCGAAAUAGAUUGAAGAGAUCUGGAAUUUUCCAUCGGAAGUUGGGGCUCAAACGGAUGAGAAGUUCGACCCUUCUCCCAGACCUUGCAGUCGUCAGUGAAGUCUCUCCAGUUCUCAUUGCAAUUGGAACUGAGCUGGAAAAAGUGAAUCCAAACCUCUAUGUCAGAAUCGGAAGACAAACUGGAUGUGGUUCCUUUUCCGAUCAAACUGUCGCAGUUACCAUGACCCACGUUUCCCGGGAAAUAAUACGCCACGGGGAAAUCACAUGGAGCAAAAUUAUUUCCAUUUAUGCGGUCGCUGGAGGAAUUGCUGUUGAUUGUGUUCGUCAGGGAAAACCAGAAUAUCUUCUCGUCAUCCAAAAGGCUCUAGCUAGUGUGCUAGAACAAGAUCUAGCCAUCUGGAUUCAAACCAACGGUGGAUGGAGUGCUUUGGUAUCCCGAUAUAGAUCGUCCACAAAAACUCCCGAAUGGAAUACCAAAAAACUGGCUCUGUUCGUUGCUGUGAUCACACCAAUCGUUUUUAUUUUAGCGAUAGUUAUCAGACUGUGAUUGAAUUGUUUUUAAGCGGAAGAAGAUGAUUUGUCGACUGAUGCACUAUUUCCCUUCUCACUCUCUUCGUUUUCUCUAACUUUUCUGCUGCUCUCCUAAAUAAAAAAAAAA